AUGCCGAUAAAACGCUCCAUCAACGUCGUCGGCUGCCACUGCGCCGGCGAGGUCUGCGAUGUCAUCGUCGGCGGCGUGCUCGACGCCCCCAGCAAGUGCUCAACCAUGUACGAGAAACUGGUGCACUUCCGGGACAACGACGACGACAUCCGCCAGCUGCUGCUAAAUGAACCCCGCGGGCGUCCAGCCAUGUGUACGAAUCUCGUCCUCCCGCCGUGCGAUCCAGCUGCCGAUGCCGGGUUCUUGAUUAUGGAGAGCGAGGAGUACCCGCCCAUGUCUGGGGGGAAUACCAUCGCUACUGCGACUGUCCUUCUCGAGACUGGGAUGGUGAAGAUGAAGGAUCCCGUUACGGAAUUAGCGCUUGAUACAGCGGCGGGGUUGGUUCGGGUGACUGCGGAGUGUGAGGAUGGGAAGUGCAAGAACGUGGCGUUCGAUAAUGUGCCCGCGUUUGUGUUUGCCUUGGACUUGAAGGUCUACGUCCCUGGGCUUGGGGCUGUGAAUGUGGAUGUUGCAUGGGGAGGGAUGAUCUAUGCGAUUGUCGAUGCGGCGUUAGUGGGACUGUCGAUUGAGAACAAGAAUGGGCCGAAGCUGAUUGAGGUUGGAGAGCGGAUUAAGAAGGCUGUUCAGGAUGCUUAUACGCCUGUUCACCCAGAGAACCCUGAGAUCAAGGGUGUCAGCAUCCUCGAGUUCACGGAGCCGAUGCAGAAGGGACUGGAUGGGAAGAAGUUUGCAGUCAACACCGUUGUGGUCUCGCCCGGCAGGUUUGACCGGUGUCCGUGUGGAACUGGAAGCUGUGCCAGGAUGGCAGUUCUACAUGCAAGGGCACAGCUGGGCGUUGGAGAAGUAUUCGAACACCGCAGUAUCAUUGGGAGUACCUUUGACUGCCAUAUCAGGGGAACGACAAGGGUUGGGGACUACGAAGCUGUUCACCCGACGGUCAAAGGGAGUGCUUGGAUUACUGGGUAUAAGCAGAUGCUGCUGGAUGCUUCAGACCCUUUUCCGCAGGGAUUUAGGGUUGGGGACCAGUGGCAUAUUGGGGAUUCGUAG